CCUUUCUUUGUCCCUGCGUGCUAACUUGUGCUAGUAACUUAGUUUGCAGAUCUGGGGUGUUUUGGUUUAGUGGUUUUCAUCAGUGCCCACUUAUGGGCUUCGAACUAUCAAACGGGUUCCACAUUGUGGGUUGGGUUUCCAAGGAUGUACUUGACAGGGAGUUUUGGGGUUUAUUUCUGGUGCUAGUGCUUGGUGUUUUUCUUCUUCACGUGGGGUGUGACUUCUUAAUGAGGGAAACUCUUGGGGUGUUUUGGUUCAGUGCUAGUUUGCAGAUCUGGGAUGUUUUGGUUCAGUGGUUUUCAUGAAUACCCACUUAUGGGCUUCAAACUAUCAAAUGGGUUGCACAUUGUGGGUUGGGUUCCGAAGGAUGUGCUUCAAAGGGAGUUUUGAGGUUUCUUUCUGGUGCCAGUGCUUGGUGUUUUUCUUGUUGAUGUGGGGGUGUUACUUCUUAAUGGUGGGAACUCUUGGGAUUUUGUUUUUAUUUUAUGUUAGAUGUUUUUUGUUUUUAGUUGUUGUUUUGAUGAAAGUUUAGUUGUUGAACAACUUUGACUGUCAGUGGUCUUUUAAUUUCCUUCCCAAGACAUUAAAUAUGGUAUGUGAACAAAAUUUGGGUUCAUAAUUCGUCCAUCUGUAUUCAAUGUAGAAAUUCGGGUAGUUCCUCUUCUGUGCAGGGACAAAAAAAAAAGGCAGGAAGGAAGCUUACAUUGUUUCUUUCUGUUUGGCAAGAAAAUCUGAUCUGAGAAUUAACUGCAGAAAUGUUAGUUCAAAGCAGAAAUGUUAGUUCAAGUUAUAAAGUCACAAGAAAGCUAAAUUACCUACUCCAACAACUUAAUUUGACAGUAAAUGUUGUUCUUGAGUUCUUUUAUAUUCCUCUUCAGCUAAAAUCCUGGGCUUCUUUUUCUUUUGGGGUUCAUCUACUUGGCUUUCUAAUGGGACCUUUUGUUGAAAAGCUUCUGUCUCUCAAAAAUGGUUAAUGUUCCAGCCAGUUGAUUAAUGACUUUAGACUAAUUAAAGAGGAAUUUGUUAUUUCAUAGACCAAACAUUUUCCUUUUCCUUGCUGACCAAGCUGUCUCAACAUAUUCAAUUUUGUAGUCAUCUUCUUCAUUGCUCAUUUCUCUUUGUUAUUGAUUUGCAGCUAUGCUUUACGUAUGGGCAUUGCAUGUUUCAACUGUAACUUGAAUAUUCUCCUAGUGGGAAAAUAUGAAGGAUGGCAGAUAUUGCUUCAAAUUCAUGUAUCAAUAUUAUAUACCUUAUCACCACAAAACUCGCCAUGAAGUUCUACUUCCCUCGAGUGCAUCCUUUCCUUUUCAUGUUUCUUAUUCUCUGUCCUACGGUUUUUGCUGACUUAAAUUCUGAUAAGCAAGCCCUUCUUGAUUUUGUUGCUUCUGUCCCCCAUCGCCGUGACCUAAAGUGGAAUUCAGAUACUUCAAUUUGUACAUCUUGGGUAGGUGUCACUUGCAAUCCAAAUGGCACCCGUGUUGUUUCGCUCCGGCUUCCUGGAAUUGGACUUGUCGGCACCAUUCCGGCCAAUACACUUGGCAAGAUUGACUCACUCAGAAAUCUCAGCCUCCGUGCCAACCUACUCAGUGGAAGUCUUCCUCCUGAUAUUUCUUCUCUUCCUUCUCUACAAUAUCUUUACCUUCAGCAUAAUAACCUUUCUGGUAACAUACCUACCUCAUUGUCCACCCACCUCAAUGUACUUGAUUUGUCAUAUAAUUCCUUCACCGGUGCUAUUCCAAAGACAUUGCAAAACUUAACACAACUAACUAGGUUGAACCUCCAGAACAACUCCCUAUCUGGUGAGAUACCAAAUCUCAAUGUCACAAAGCUCAGGCACUUGAAUUUAAGCUACAACCAUUUGAAUGGCUCUAUCCCUGCUGCUCUUCAGACUUUCCCCAAUUCUUCCUUUGAGGGUAACUCUCUAUGUGGAUUACCUCUAAGGCCAUGCUCUGUAGCCCCUCCUGCAUCUCCUCCAUCAUUAACUCCUGUCCCACCAACUCCUUCAAGACACAAAAGUAAAUUGAGUAAGGCAGCUAUCAUUGCAAUUGCAGUUGGUGGGGGUGUGCUAUUACUUUUAGUAGCUCUCAUCAUUGUUCUUUGCUGUUUAAAGAAAAAGGAUGAUGGAAGCCCCAGACCUACUAAAGGCAAGGGUCCUAGUGGUGGGAGAACUGAGAAACCAAAAGAAGAGUUUGGAAGUGGGGUGCAAGAACCUGAGAAGAACAAGUUGGUUUUCUUUGAAGGCAGUUCUUAUAAUUUUGAUCUAGAGGAUUUGCUGAGAGCUUCGGCUGAAGUUCUUGGAAAGGGUAGUUAUGGUACUGCAUAUAAGGCUAUAUUAGAAGAGUCAACAACAGUUGUAGUGAAAAGGUUGAAGGAAGUCGUGGUAGGCAAAAGGGAAUUUGAACAGCAGAUGGAGAUUGUGAGAAGAGUUGGACAGCACCCAAAUGUUGUGCCACUUCGAGCUUACUAUUAUUCCAAGGAUGAGAAGCUUUUGGUUUAUGACUACAUCCCAAAUGGCAAUCUAUCAACCCUCUUGCAUGGUAACAGGGCAAGUGGAAGAACUCCAUUAGAUUGGAACUCCCGAAUAAAAAUAUCUGUUGGAAUUGCCAGAGGAAUUGCACACGUACAUUCAGUUGGCGGUCCAAAAUUCACUCACGGAAAUGUGAAAUCUUCAAAUGUCCUCCUCAACCAAGAUAACGAUGGCUGCAUCUCUGACUUUGGCCUGACCCCACUAAUGAAUGUUCCUGCAACUCCUUCUAGAGCUGCAGGCUAUCGUGCCCCUGAGGUGAUUGAAACGCGUAAGCACUCUCACAAGUCAGAUGUCUACAGUUUUGGUGUUCUCCUUCUGGAAAUGCUUACCGGAAAAGCCCCGCAACAGUCUCCAGGACGUGACGACGUGGUCGAUCUCCCAAGGUGGGUGCAAUCUGUUGUUAGGGAGGAGUGGACAGCUGAGGUUUUUGAUGUUGAGCUAAUGAGGUACCAAAACAUUGAAGAAGAAAUGGUGCAAAUGUUGCAGAUUGCCAUGGCCUGUGUGGCAAAGGUUCCAGAUAUGAGGCCUACCAUGGAGGAAGUAGUGAGAAUGAUUGAAGAAAUCCGGCAAUCCGACUCCGAAAACCGGCCAUCUUCGGAAGAGAAUAGAUCCAAGGAGGAAUCAACUGCUCAGACUCCAUAAUUAGCUCUGCCUUUCUUUCUUGUGUUCCAAGCAAAUUGUUUUCUUGAAAUUGUUUCUUUCAGGAAGCAACAUUCAGAGGUAUAUAUAAGUGUGCAUGAAACAGUUCUCACAGAUGGAAUUACUUCAGUUCUGUUUUCUAGGAAGGUUUACUUUAUUGGAUUCUUGUGUAUUAACGUUGUGAUUCAAUUGAUGAUCUUCAUUCAAGAACAAUCUCUCCCAUUUGUUCUACUGAUUGUUAGCAAUGUGUAUUUCUGUAUCACCAAAUCAUGGCAUGGUUAAUGAUAUGAUAAAUAAUUGAUACCC